ACGCCUUUCCUCGCUUCUGGUGAUUGCUUAUCAAGUAAUACCACCUGUCGAGGAAGUGUCAGUUGCUGUGGGCUGAGUCCAGUAUCCACCAAUUGACAAAUAUAUACAUACACUCAUAUACUUUCCCGGGCUUCAUUCGUUUAAUACGCCCUCAAAUAUAUCGUGCUGUAUAUGAAUACAGAGACGCACGCGACUCGACCGCUCUCCGUUACGGUACAUAUCUUACCGGUAGAUAAAAAAAAAAUAAUACCUUAAUAAUAUUAGCCAUAACAACGUCGACAAGAUGCUUCCGUCCAUACCAGCCGUGGCUGUAGCCUUGCUGGGUGCGACCACUGUGCUUGCUCAGAAUUCGGCGCCUCAAUGCUCUCUCGACAAGAAAUGUCCAAAGGAAACUCCCUGCUGCUCCCAAUACGGCCAAUGUGGUGUAGGCGCGUACUGCCUUGGGGGAUGUGACCCGCGAAUGUCUUUCUCUCUCGACUCGUGUGUUCCCGAACCUGUCUGCGAAUCCAGGACGAUGAAGAUGGACAGCACCGAUCGCAUUGUUGAUGCCUCGAAAUACCUUGGUGACCCUUCCAAGGCUGACUGGGUCGCUCAGGGUACCCCUCUCUCCCACGCUGGCAAUGUCCUCUUGACCAUGCCGGCCCACUCGGCUGGAACUGUCCUUGCCUCGACAGUCUACAUGUGGUAUGGAAAUGUGAAGGCCAGAAUAAAGACAUCGAAGGAUGCCGGUGUCGUUACAGCUUUCAUUCUGCUCAGCGAUGUGAAGGACGAGAUAGAUUUUGAGUGGGUUGGUAACGAAUUGGACAUUGUCCAGACGAAUUACUACUUCCAGGGCAUUCCCAACUAUACUCAUUCGGGCAAUAUCACCGACUCGACCAUCAAAAACACGAAUACCGAAUGGCACACGUAUGAGAUCAGGUGGACUCCGGAGAAGAUCGAGUGGCUCGUGGACGAUAAAGUUGGUCGAACGUGGGAGAAGUCUAAGACCUGGAAUGCUACUACCAACCAAUGGGAGUUCCCACAGACCCCUGCCCGGGUCCAGCUUUCUAUCUGGCCUGGUGGUGACGAGAAGAAUGCUAAGGGCACAGUUGAUUGGGCCGGUGGAUAUAUCGACUGGGACAGCGAGGCUAUCAAGAAGGACAAGUACUACUACGCCACCGUCGGCGAGGUCACUAUUGACUGCUACAAGACGGAUAAGGCUCCUGGUACCAACUCGGGCAAGAGCUAUACCUAUAAUAACGUGAAGGGUACCAACGAUACCGUUGUGGACGGCGAUGGUAACACGGUUCUGAAGUCGCUUUUAGGUACCGGCCUUGAUAUGGAUAAAGACUACCCUAAGGACUCUAGCGCAACGUCGGGCACGCAAGAUGUCAUUCCUGGCUUGAGCGGUGGCGGUCCCGGUACCAAUGGUCAGGCAGCCGGCGGUGCUAGCAGCGGCUCGGGUAGCGGUUCGGGCAGCGGCGCUACCCCCACUGGUAGCAGCCCUAACGCCGCCUGCACGGAUGGCUUCCAACAAGUCUGUGGUGUUUCUGGUGACGAAAACAAUGGUGCGCGGUUAGACCGCAUGGCGGGGCCGAGCGCAUUCGCUGCUCUCAUUGCCGUUGGCGCCAUGCUCUUUCUCUAGGUAAAAAAAAGGAAAAAACGAAAAAAAACCAAAGUUUAAAUUUCUUCUUCAUACUUCUUUGCGUAUAUAUAUAUCUUGCAGAAUGAGCAGGAGUGGGGUUUCUUAGGCGGGGGUCGACGCGCGUCUGUGAGAUCCCCUGGGGUGGUUUUAUUGUGUAAUGGACUACGAUACCAAUCUGCGGAGGUAAUGGCGCGACGCCGUCCGCUCCUUUUAUGGAUAUGACUAGGCUUUUUGCAUAUCGACGUUGGUAUACGGCCGCCGAACGAACUGCUGGGAGGGGUUGUUAUGCCCUAUGUCGAUAAGGGCUUAAGACAACUAACUAUAAGCAGAAGAAAUUUGUAUAUAAUAACAAGGGAAUUUGGGCGUAUGG